AAAUGGCGGCUGAAUCGUCUCUAGAACAAGAAGCAUUGAAAAGACGUGAAAAACUAAAAGCACUGAGAGAUAAAAGCGCUUUAGCAUCUCAGGAGGUUAGUGGUGAAAAAAGAGAUGCUGACAAUAGUACCGAUACUGGACCUCCUGCAAAAAUAAUAAAAUUUAGGAACUAUCAACCAAAGGAUGAAUCUUUAAAAGUUCAGAAGCUUCCAGUUACUAAACCUUUAUCAGUUGAGGAAGAAGUGAAAGAUCAUGUGGAAAAAGCAAAAUCUGAUGUCGUCAAUGAAGUGGACUUGGCUAACCUUGCUCCCAGGAAACCUGACUGGGAUUUAAAACGUGAUGUUGCAAAGAAAUUGGAAAAAUUAGAGAGGCGUACACAAAGAGCUAUUCUUGAAUUAAUACGUUCGCGGCUUCAAGAUGAUGAAAAUCUUGCAGAUGUUGUCAAUGCUGGUACUCCAGAGCAAGGAUUUGAUGCUGAGUAAUCGCUCUGUCUUUGCCAUAUUUCAGCUGUGCUGUCCUGUACAUAUUGUAUACUGACAUAAUGAACAAAAGACCAAUGUAAACGCUGAAAUUUCCUUACUUCAGGAUAAGUAUUUAAAGGCAGUUUUCAUUAUGAAAGCUUUGACCUUGUCAUUCGGACUGAGCAGUAACGAUGAGGCGUUCGACGAAAAAGCUUAUGGUGGAGAUGACUUGACAUUCAAAUUUGAUGAAAUGGAAUUGAAAAGUUUGAGACUCAGAACAGAUCAUUAGCCUCAUGCACAAGAUAUUUUACACUUAAUAAAAUUGAUAAUAUUAAUAUCAUUAAAUA